CCAGGUGGCAUGACAGGCGAUGAGUUCGUCUUUCGCCUAGAGCAUCUACAGGCGCAUUAUGCCAUGCCAUGGGCGGAGGGGAUGCGAGACUUCCACAGGCUGACCACGGGCGAGGCCGAAGAAUGGUAUUGGCUGUUGAUAAGGACACAAAAUAUAGCUCAGUGGGAAGAACUGCGGCAGGCAAUAAACCGGCGCUAUGGCGAUGGUCGGCCGGACCAUGAGCGGCUGCAAGAAAUCGUAGAGAGGCGACAACGGCGUGGCGAGAGUUUGGAGGCGUACUUCCAGGCACUGUGGAGAUUACGGUCUAAGCUACACAGCCCAAUCUCUGAGGCCUGGAUGGUCAAAGUAGCCAAGAGAAAUUUGGAGGAGCCACUGAGACAAAUAAUCUUCCCAAUGCAGGUGUAUACGAAGGAUCAUUUGAGAGACUCCUGCCUAGAGACUGAACGUGUAUUUGGGGGAGAACAAAAAAAGUACAACAUGGGCUAUAGGCAGCGUGAACGGGAAGAGAUGCGUCCGGGCCGAUUGGCGGAGCUCGUAGAGUCGCCGACCAGAGAGGAGACGGCCAAUGUGAGCGAGGCGGUCGAAGAGGUGCAGAUAGGUACGACCAGCGCGCCUAGACAAUCAUUAAUUUGCUGGAAUUGCAAGAGGGCAGGCCACGUCUAUAUGGCCUGCGAACAGGAGCAGCGUAGCCUCUUUUGUUACAAGUGUGGAUUGGACGACACGGUCACGCCCAAAUGUCCAAACUGUGGGACGGGAAACGCAAAGAGGGGCGUAGCAAAUACGGGCGAACCGCGUCCCUCAACCAGGCCCAAUCCCUUCCGAACAAAAACGCGGGCCAAUGACGAUGCUCGGCCUUAUGCGACCGUGAAGGUAUCCAAACGACGCAUAAGUGGCUUAUUGGACUCCGGAGCCUCAGUAAGCGUACUGGGAAAAGGAUGCCGCGAAGUGGUAGAGAGCUUAGGAAUACCAAGGCUGGAGGCAACGCUUGCGAAGUGCUGGGCAGAAUAGAAGUGCCAACUAAGGAUCGCCACUACCCGGUGUCGCCGGCAGAGCAAGCACUCAUAUUCAAAGAGUUGGACAAGAUGCUGGAGCUUGGUGUAAUAGAAGAAAGUGACAGCCCAGGGACCCACCCCUGAGCAGGAUGAGCUAGCCAGGCGGAGUCCACGAUAGUUUACACGGGUCCACUGAGGGACACAACAGUUUGAAAUAUCGACUUAGCUCGGCCGGAACCCGAAUAAGCCUGAUGAGCUGAACCACAAUUCUGAUGGACAAAUAUCUAUUGAGAACUUGUUUAAGUGUUCGGCGUCUGCUAAAGAUAAGCAUAAUGAUAUUACGGCAGCAGUCGUUUAUAUGAUUUACAAAGAUAAUCUGCCUGUAUGUGGUAUUGAAAAGGAAGGCCUCUGUAAUUUGUUACAAAUUUGUGUACCAAAAUACAAAAUUCCAAGCCGUUUCAAGGUAACAGAUCUCAUUGAAGAGAAAUACGACAUAUGUGUGGCUAAGAUUAAAACAAUUUUCCAUGGUGUUGAGGACGAGCGUUCACCGGUGACAGUGUCACUAUUACCAAUUCAACUCGUUCGUAUCUCACCGUAACCGCACAUUUUAUAAAGGAUAAUUCUGUUCAGGCGGUUUG